CCCGGCGUGCAGGUGGCCGCGGCGUUGCCUGCGCGCCCAGCAACGUUGAGCAGCAGCUGCAGGCAGCGUGGGUUUGGGGCAUCCGCUGUGCUAAUAAUUACUGUGGUGACUAUGUAUUGACCCCCACCCCCCCCCGUUCAUCCUUCCCCGGUGGUUAAUCAAUGACGAAUAGAGCUAUGUAUGGAGGUUACGUUAUGUAACGCGGUGCUGGUUUCCCAUUAAAAGUGCUCAAAUGUGUUUGCCGAUUCGAUGUUAGUGCUGUUUGUUGCUGGCCGCUCGGAGUCGCCUCUCCGUGGCUACGCGCCGCGUGGACUUGCCGUGGCUUCCCGUCACGACUGCACCGCUCGCUCACCCGCCACGGCGCCCGCGGGAACAUGGAGACGCGCUGGGACGGCGAGAAGGGUGGCGGUGGGGCGGCGUCCCCUGGGUCUGAGGGGUCGCAGCGCCGGACGGGAGGCGGCGGCGACGGCGGCGGCGGCGGCGCGACACCGUGGAAGCUGAGAGCAAGGGACGCCGUCCGGUGCCCUCCACACGGAUGCCUUGCCCGCCUCGCCACCACGGUGCUGGCCGUGCUGCUGCUGUGGGCCGUGCCGCUCUCCGUGCUGGGAGCGGACGUGCUGCCCGGGGGGAACGUCUUUGGCCUGCUGCUGCUCUUCCUCGGCUCCACGCUGGCCGGAGCCUUGCUCGCCCGCGUCCGGCUGCCCGGCGUUCCACCCAUCCCUCCGCUCCUCGGGAUGCUGCUGACGGGCUUCGCACUGAAGAACGUGCCGGGCCAGCUGGUGGACGGCAUCGCUCAGGAGUGGUCGUCGGCGCUGAGGAGGGCGGCGCUCACUGUGAUCCUGAUGCGUGCCGGCCUGGGCCUCGACCCACAGGCUCUGAGGAGGCUCAAGGGCGUGUGCGUGCGCCUCUCCGUGCUGCCCUGCCUGGUGGAGGCGGUCUCCGUCGGGGUGGUCGCUCACUUCCUCCUCCACCUGCCCUGGGUGUGGGGGUUCAUGCUGGGCUGCGUGCUGGGCGCAGUGUCCCCGGCCGUGGUGGUGCCCUCCAUGCUGGCUCUGCAGGAGCGAGGCCUGGGCACGGAGCAGGGCAUCCCCACGCUGCUACUCGCUGCUGGCAGCGUGGACGACGUUCUCGCCAUUACGGGCUUCAACGCCUGCCUCUCCAGCGCCUUCUCCACCGGCUCGCUGCUCUUCACGGUGCUGCGUGGGCCGCUGGAAAUCGUGAUGGGGGUCUUCUCGGGCCUGGCUCUGGGCCUCGUCCUCCGGUUCUUCCCGAGCCCAGACCAGGCGCACGUGGUGGCGUGGAGGACGACCCUGCUGCUGGCCACGGGGGUCCUGGCCAUAUUUGGUAGCGAGGCCCUGGGCUUCCCUGGGGCCGGCGGCCUCUGCUGCCUCAUGGUGCCCUUCGUGGCCGCUCGGGGAUGGGGAGACACCAACGAGGCUGUGGCGGAGGCGGUGAAGGCCGUGUGGAUCGGAGUGUUCCAGCCUCUGCUCUUCUCCCUGAUCGGCGCCGAGGUUUCCCUCUCCGUGCUGGAGCCCCACACCACAGGGCUAUGUGUGGGGGUGCUGCUGGUGGGGCUGCUCAUGCGCCUCCUCGUCACGUUCGGGGCCGUCGGCUGCGCCGGCCUCAACGUCCGGGAGAAGCUCUUCGUGUCGCUCGCGUGGCUGCCCAAGGCCACCGUACAGGCUGCAAUAGGCUCGGUGGCGCUGGACGUGGCGCGUCUCCGCGGCGACACCGGAGCGCAGGCGUGGGGGCUGCAGAUCCUGACGGCCGCCUUCCUCUCCAUCCUGCUGACGGCGCCGCUCGGCUCGCUGCUCAUCGGCCUCACCGGGCCGCGUCUCCUCCAGCUGCCGCGCCAGCCGCCGGCGCCGCCCAUCCCGGCUCCUCCACCACCUCCUCCUCAUGCGGCCGAUGCCGGCACGGAGGCGGACGGUCAGACUCUCAGUCCCGACAAAGCGGAGAUGGAGUCUACGAUUGAGGAGCAGCAGACACUGAUGUAACCUGGCCACCUGCUGGGGGUUCACUCACUAACAUCAGAACACCCCCAGUGGCAUCGGUCUGCCAGUCAGCAGGGUUCGAUAUUUGCUCUGCGAUCCAGCCUCGGGGCCACCCGCCAGCGGCAGCCGUCCCUGCGUAUCAUUCUGCCGGUAGAGGCGGGAUGCUUGCUUGCUGUGUGUAAUAGCAAGUGGGGAAUUUAAGGGGUGAUUUUAGUUGUAAAAAAAAUGCACACGGUGACGUGCAACGGCCUGCAGCUCGACGUCAGUCGCGACGAGCUCGAAGGCUUUUAUCUUGACCCUGCGUCACCACGAUGAUGAUGGCGAACGACGCGAAGGAGGAUGAGCGGGGGGGUUAUAGCUGCGCGCCAGUUUGCUUCGCCUGCGUUUGACGUUCGUUACGCAGAGCAACUAAAGAGACGAGCAAUUACGUUUGCACUUGGGUCGCAAGGUGCACCUAGCCUGGCGCAAGCGAUAUGUUGAAGUCGUCGCCACGUGCACAAAGACGCCACGCGUAAGCAGACGAGCCGAGACCGCGUCUUGUGCCGUCACCGUUUGGCUCCGGCUCGGCUCGGCAAACAGGUCCCAGUGGAAAAGGAGAAGGGGGAAAAAAAACCCUCACCCAAACUGCUGGAAACGUGCGGGCACCGUGCUGGCACCGUGCCGGCACUACGCUCGCUCGGCAUGGAUGGUCCCUUUGUAAAAAUGGGGAAUGGGUAUGGCGAACGGCCACUGCUGCUGCUGAUGUUUCCGUGUGUGUAAGCCAUGAGUGUGCGCGUGCGAGUGUCGUGUUUGAUGCGUGUUUGACACAUGUUCGCAUGCGUGUAAGCCAUGAGCGCGUGCGAGUGUCGUGUUUGAUGCGUGUUUGACACAUGUUCGCAUGCGUGUAAGCCAUGAGUGCGUGUGCGAGUGUCGUGUUUGAUGCGUGUUUGACACAUGUUCGCAUGCGUGUAAGCCAUGAGUGCGCGUGCGAGUGUCGUGUUUGAUGCGUGUUUGACACAUGUUCGCAUGCGUGUAAGCCAUGAGCGCGUGCGAGUGUCAUGUUUGAUGCGUGUUUGACACAUGUUCGCAUGCGUGUAAGCCAUGAGUGCGCGUGCGAGUGUCGUGUUUGAUGCGUGUUUGACACAUGUUCGCGCGUGUAAGCCAUGAGUGUGCGCGUGCGCGUGUCGUGUUUGAUGCGUGUUUGACACAUGUUCGCGUGUGUGUAAGCCAUGAGUGCGCGCUUGCGGGUGUCGUGUUUGAUGCGUGUUUGACACAUGUUCGCAUGCGUGUAAGCCCUGAGUGUGCGCGUGCGAGUGUCGUGUUUGAUGCGUGUUUGACACAUGUUCGCAUGCGUGUAAGCCAUGAGUGCGCGUGCGAGUGUCGUGUUUGAUGCGUGUUUGACACAUGUUCGCAUGCGUGUAAGCCAUGAGUGUGUGCGUGCGAAGUGUCGUGUUUGAUGCGUGUUUUGACACAUGUUCGCACAUGUAAGCCAUGAGUGUGCGCGUGCAAGUGUCGUGUUUGAUGCGUGUUUGACACGUCUGCGUAGUGUGUAAGCCAUGAGUGUGCGAGUGUCGUGUUUGAUGCGUGUUCGCGUGCGUCAAGCUACUGGUGUGCGCGUACGAGCGUCGUUCGUGCGCGACGAUCGACCAUUUCUUGAAUCUCUCGUUACACUGGAACCGGGGGGGGGGGAGCGGUUAUUUUUUGUGUGUUUACGUUCAGCUCCCCAAGACUGGGGAGACGCCAGAACGGUGAACUCUGAACCAGCCUGCUGGGCCAUCGCGGGACUUCAUGCGGGAUGGAGCUCGUAGACCCGACAGCAGCUCGUCGCUCUCGCGGUGAUUGUCCUGGUCCCAACGAGCGAUCUGUCGCUGCUCCCGAGCGAGCAUCGAGGCAUCGGUGCUCAUUCUCCUCUCUGCAGCCCCUUGCAGAGCCCGUGGUGGGAAUUCCACAUUCACGUGGCCCCAGGGGGGGAGGGUCUAUCCGCAGGACAACCGCUGUUUUAUCGACCCUGGAGGGAUGAUGAUGGGCCGAAUCUAUCCUCGCACACAUUUCGCACAAAGUGCUUGCCACUAAUCAACCGCAAUAGCUCGCUGGUCAUCUCGUCAAGGACCAUGAACCAUAAUCACGCGAACUCCGCUCGUCCUCGCAGCAGCGGCUUUUGGCUGGCCAUCAAACAAAGGCGGCGGUCGCCGCAUCGCGUGGCACUUUCAGAUGUGCUUCUGCGGCCAUCUGGAUCGCUCUUAUGUCGGAAACCACUGGAGCUGUGCACUUUUAAAUCGGCUGCAUUGACAAACUCACGUCCUUCGAACUGCUUUUAGUUUUUUUAGCUGUCCUUCCCCCACACCUCCGAAGUAGCACGGUUGGCUACGUACGGUGCGAAAGAAGAUCAACGUACAUGCCAUCAUCACCACCCAGAGCUGUGGCAAUGUCGGCCUUGCUCAAUGGAUGAUAACACGGCACAGGUCAAGUGUCAAGUUGAUUGUGUGACCGGGCGAGGACUCUUACCCCUUUCCCGUCCCGAUGACGUUCGUUUACAUCAUCAAAUGGAAACCGGUAGGAAAACUUAAAGUAAAGUAACUUUUCCGGUACCGGGGCUCCCACAAGGCCAUGCGACAGUGUGCGUGGCACAGUUUGGCGCCAGCCAUCGUAGAGUGCGGUCGUGUCUCUGCGGUUCUCUGCGGUGAGUAACAAUGUCUUUAUAAACAACGGGCGCUGCUAGGCCUCUCCAAAGAAAAUUACUGCCCGAGCCGCUAGCACGUUCCGGAGUUCAGCAGGUGAACGGGGACACCCACAGCCUGCAAUUUGCAGACGUCUUCGAACGGGAAAAGGUUUAAGGGGCCGUCCAUAAAUGACGUCACGCACCUG